GUAUCUCAUAUACUUGCUGGUGUAUUUCAUGAUCUUUACACCAAAGAAGUAAUGAGCAAAGAAACAGUGAAUAACUUGACAGUUUCAGGUGAUGGAAGUACAAAGUUUCACAAGAAGUGCAUGAAUCAGCUGCAUCAGGUGCACUUAGACCAUAAAAAAAAACUGGAGGAAUUUAAUGCUGUUGAACGUCAAAUUAUGCAGGCUCGAGCUCAAGCUGUAACAGCUGAUGAGCGUGCAUUGAAUAAGUUGUCUUCACCAGUGGGUUGUGAAACUUAUGAAAAGCUGGGUCUUCCUUCAGUUCCUUCAAACUUCCAGUGGUGUUUGGAUGAAAGUACAAUAAAGAAACAUAAACUACUUGUACCAACAGACUUUUUUGGGUCGCAUCGUCAAUCUGGAGAAUCGCCAAAACGACGAAAAACUCCUCACUUCUCUCUUCCAACUGUUUCAUCAUCGCUUCACAUUCUCAACGAACCUGUAGAUGAUGGUUAUACUGAUUUAAAAGAAGAAAAAAGUAAUAUGGUCUUAUUGGAAGAGCAAUCCUUGACCACUCUUUCAAGCGAUUCUGCUGAGCUCGUCAGUAUUCCUCCUCAACAAAAGAUCAAAUCCAAGAAGAAAAAGUCGAAGCAAGAUAAGUGGAGGGAGGAGAUGAAUCAUGGAGCACGGAUUGAAGAGCGGAGCUUGUUGGCUCGACUUGAUGAAAGGCACAACUUCUUAAAAAAUCCUCGUUUUAUUCCAUUGGAUGAAAGUAGUGGUGGAAAGUUGCUUACAAAGAUUCAUCCAAAACAAGUUGUUGUUAAAGCUGGAAGAGAAAUCACACAAGACGUAGCUAGUGCUGAGUGCAUACAAGUCUUUGCCUCUAAUCCAGGUGUUGUUCAAUUCAAUGAAUGGAUUGUGGGUCGUGUGUAUGAGGUUAACUUGGAACUUCGUAAUAUAAGCACUGUUAGCAGACAGUUAAGAGUACUUCCUCCAAAAUCUUCGUAUUUUUCGCUUGGUUUGGGUAAAUUCCCGGGCCAACACGGUGUAGUUGCCCCAGGGAUGUGCGCUCAAUACAGUGUACGUUAUAUGCCUGAUGCAUUAGCAGAUGCAGACGAUCACUUAGAGGUUAUUUCUCAAUCAGAAGAACCGCUUAUUGUUCCCAUUAAAGCUCACAGAAUACCACCGGUUUUAGUUGUGUCAAAAACCAUAGAUUGUGGUUUUUGUUUGGUUGGUGGUGUGAAGGUAGUUGACUUACCACUCAAAAAUAUUGGCGGCAACGGACGUUUCUGUAUUUUAAAAUCAACUUCAUGGCCAGCUGCCAACUUUAAGACUGUAGUUAACCCAAGUUGUCUUGAUCUUGGGGUGUUUCAAAUUCGUCCAGCAGUAUUUGAGGUAUUAGCAAGUCAAGUCACCACACUGGAACUUCUAUUUUCCCCACAACAAGCAACUACUUAUAAAGAAGAACUUGUCAUAGUGUGUGACAACUGUCAAGUACAGUAUGUGACAAUUCAAGGUCAUGGUGAGUCAGCAGCUGUUGAAUUAGUCAGCGUCUCCAACAACGAGGAGGAAGUUGAAGUUGUUGGUGAAAUAACGGAUCGAACGGCUGAUCACCUGAUUCGAUUCCCACCCCUCAAUCCACAUUCAUACUUCAUGAGACAAAUCAUCGUCCAUAACUCAACGAACGUAGAGAUGCCAUACACGUGGCAUAUCUUGAAACCAAACCUUUCUCCUGGUUUGGAAAGUCUGUCUUCUUCAAAAUCGAGCGAUGUUGAAAAGUUGGAUUUUUUUCCUGACCCGGAAUCUUGUUUUUACAUCGAACCAAGGAGUGGAUUUUUUCAACCAAAUGCAAUCCAUGAGUUUGUGUUAACAUUCGCACCAGACAAAGUUGGGAAUUACAACAACACCCUUCACCUUGUGUUAAGUGAUAUACCUGAGUCGCAAAAUAUUGAUGAACCAACAUCAGCGGGUGGUGUUAAACCAAAUAUAAAACGACUUGCGAGUGAAAACGCUGUUGAUGAUAAAUUAAACGUCAACAAACCUGAAUCAAACAACCAUGCAAGAGCUGCAAUUCAGGGAAAACAGAUUUCCAACAGUUUACCAGCAUUAAGUGAAGUUAUUGCCAUGGAAAUUGAAACCAAGGCCUCUUGUGUUCCUUACUCCGUUGUUUUACAUCCACCUGCUGUGAUAAUGCCAGGCAGCAUAUUGGUUGGAACAACAGUAAAAAGACCGCUGCAAAUGGCCAAUUACAGUUUGGCUCCAAUCAAUUUCAAAUGGGAUUGUGUGACAAGCCCAAACAUAGUUGAAGUUGAACCAGCUAUUGGUAUGAUCAACCCUGGAGAUGUAGCUCAACUACAAGUUACAGUGACUGGUUUGAACCCAGGCUUACUGUCUUGUAAUGUACUUUGCAACAUACAACAUCAAUCUAACCCAAUUUCAAUUGUGGUUUCUUCACAAAUUAGGGGACCUAAUGUUGUCAUAGAUAACGUUUCAAUUGAUUUUGGAUUAAUCAAAGUUGGAUCAAAAGCAACACAGAAGUUGUAUAUUCGAAACACAACUCAACUAAAUGCAUCUUGGAAACUAAACAAAUCAUUAGUUGACAGUAAAGCCAUUGGAAUCACCCCAUCAAGUGGUGAGCUACCAUCUCUAGCAAAGCAAGAGGUCACCGUGACCUUUAACCCUAUGACCCCAAGUUCGCUAAACACAACAAUCACCCUUGAUGUGGAAGGGGGUGAAAGUUCAAGUGUUGCCGUCAAAUCUGAGGUUCAAAACACACAGGUUUGCUUUGAAGAAUGCCUGGUUGUCUUAAAAGAAACAUUUGUAUCGGUUCCACAAACAAGUUCUGUUGUACUUCUCAAUCAAACUUUGUUCCCAACCAAGUUUUCCUUCCAAGAGUUAAAGGGGAAACAGUCAGAGUUCUGUGAUGUCACAGUCUUCCCAAAUAAGGGCAUCCUUGGACCACAUGAAAGACUUGAACUGCAGGUCACUUUUCAAUGUAGAGAAGUUGUGGAAAUAAAUGAAGUUUAUCUUCCAUGCUACAUCGAAGAAAUGAAGAAUCCUAUAGUGUUGGGUUUCUACAGCAAUGUUAACGCACUAUCUGUGACUUACGCCACACCAUGCGCAAACUGUGAAGAUCUCAAGUUAGAUUUUGUUGAUGUUGAAGUAUCCAGUAUCCAAACAUUGCAAGUUGUUCUCACCAACCUUACAGCCAUUCGUGCCCCAUGGUCUGCUUAUGUAACUAACUUCUUUUACAAGCCCAGCGCACCCCACCCGCCACCACAGAACUUUAAAAGCGUCAAAUCGCGACGUGCAAUGUUGGGUCGAACUCCUAACUUGGCCGACCCACUUGCUAAAACUAAUGCACAAACAAUUGCAGAUAAAUGCAAGCGAGUUCUCAGCAGUGGACUUGGAGCAGCUUUCUUACUUGACCCACCAAGUGGUAAACUUGGUCCUUACCAGUCUCAAGUUAUCAACAUAUCAGCGUAUAACAAUAUGUGGGGGAAAUAUGAGGAUACUUUUGUUUGCGAUGUGGAAGGUUUAGAAUCGCAACUGAUUCCAAUCAGUAUGAAUGUGAUUGGUUGUCCACUCAAGUUCCAGAUAGCAAAUCAAAGUAACGAAGGGACAGUGUUGAGGUAUGGAACACAUCUUGAUGGGGAUGCUCCAGUUGCAAGGAAAGUCCGAAUCAAUAAUACAAGUUGUUGUGAUGUGAGAAUAGAUUGGCAAACCUUCAACUACCCUGAACCAUCUGAUCAUAAACUGGUUGAUCUGAACAUCUGGUUUGGUGAAGCUUUUCCAUCCAAACAACAAGAAACAAAACCUCAUACGUCGGAAACCAAUUGUUCCACUACGCCUGAGAAAAAUAAUUUGGUAAGAGUUCGUAUAGAAUCACAUGAUGGACAGAAAUCAAAUGUCCCGUUUCAUAUUGAACCUGACCAGAUUGUUAUACCAGCACAAAGCCAUAACUCGGUAUCAGUAAUGUUUCAACCAACUUUGGGUACAAACUGUGAUACUGUGAUGGAAAAAGCUUGGAAUUCAUUUGCACUUGGAUAUUUAACUAUAUGUUCCAACACUACAAAUAACAACACUGUGAUACGAGAAGAUAAAUAUGAUGUUGACCCCAUGAGAUUAGAGAUGACAUCAUUUGUCCGUAUCGGUCAAUUAUCUAUAGAAGCUGAUGAUGAUGAUGAUGAUUGUGACUUUAUUGUUCCCAUGCACCAACUACUCUGUGAUCGCAAUGAAAGAACUAAGUUGAGGUCAAUCUCACUGACCAACUUCACAGAGACUUGCCUCUCGUUCGGUCUUUCAUUGAAAUCUCCUUUCUUCUUCCGAUCUUCUGUGAUGUCACAAGAAUGCCAGAAUCUUGCAAGAAACAGAUUAAAUCCCCAAUCCAAUAUUAAGGUACAAGUCGGAUUUCGAGUGAUGGAAAAAUUCCUUGAAGAUUUGAAAACCAUUGAAAGUGGCCAGGAAGUAUCUGGUGUGCGUGUUUGCCAUGAUGACUUAACAGGUACCUCGAAGUUAGAAUACAAAGACGAGCUGACGAUACGUUACAAUAAUGGAGUUAAUCAAUGCUACCCUCUGCUUGCAUUUGUUCAUCUACCAAGUUUCAAUCUUAGUCAAGAUUCGAUCGAGUUUGGUGUCUGUUUUGUGGACCAGGAACAACUCUGUUACGUCACAAUUACCAAUCCAAGUUACUCGGAAUCACACUGGAGCGUUGAAGCAUUAGAACCCAUCGACCACAGCAAAGGGGAAGUGGUGAUUGAACCAACACAUGGAGUUCUAGAAGCUUCCGAAAGUUUCACCUCGAAAAACAAAACGAAGUUGGCCGUUCGUUUUAUUCCAAGAUCCGAAUCCAACUUCGAAUACAACUUCAUGUUUAAAGGAAAACUACACGAAGAAUUUCGUUUCCUUAAAGUAAAAGCAUCCGGUUCGUACGAUGGACAAUUUGAACGAAAGUUGUAAACUAACUUCUUCAAUAAGAGGACUGUGAACACCAUUAUUUAAUAUUUCUCACAAAUUUUAAAUUUCAUUAAACCUACUGCUGUGUUGUUUAUCAAGAAAUACACUGUGUUUCGUAA